UGUAAUCCCUCGGACAAUCUGUAAUCCAGCGGUGAGCAGCUGGACUGGGGUUAAGGUUAGUUAGUGCAGGACUCGGUGUACUUUCACAUCGACCGCUCAGGUGCAGUGCGUGGUGGACCCUCUGGCCUCGUACGUCACUUCCCGUCUCAGCGUGAGUCUGCGGGGCUUGUGCGCUGUCUGGCCGGGACGAGGAGGAGGGCUUCCACGCUAAGAGCAGGCAACCGUCCACACUGAACCCAGGGAGAAGAAGCGUCUCUGUGCUCCGUCCGACCGGGAUUUCCAACAUUAUUUUUUUGCAGUGAGACAUAGACGGGAGCGCGGUGGACUGUAUUCUCGGUGCGGGUUACGUACGCUUCGGUGAGCCACUGCAGCAGCAACAGACUGAACACGCCGCCGCUGCGAGGGGAGAAAACAAGCGCUGUCCGCUGAAGCUGUGUGAUCAUUGACAGAGUUCAAUACACACGGGCUUUGCGUGAUAACCGGUGGGAGCUUUGUGCCGCGGACCUCUGCGCCUCUUCCUCCGGGGACCGACCGACCGAGUGGCUGGCUUUAAUUUUGUCUCCCUCAAGUCUUCGGUAUUAUUUAGGUGUUUUUGUAUCUGAGCCACUUUAAGGCCCUCGACCAAUAGGAACAGUUUGCACAUUUCCCCCAGCUUGUCUGCAGCCCCCUCCCAACCCAGACAGUCUUCUGCCCCAGCAUGAAUGAAGUCAGUGUUGUGAGAGAGGGAUGGCUCCACAAGAGAGGUGAAUACAUUAAAACUUGGCGUCCUCGCUACUUCAUAUUAAAGAGUGAUGGCUCCUUCAUUGGCUACAAAGAGAAGCCUGAGGUGUCCAGUGACCACAGCCUCCCACCGCUCAACAAUUUCUCUGUCGCAGAAUGCCAGCUGAUGAAGACAGAGCGUCCGAGGCCCAACACGUUUGUUAUUCGUUGCCUGCAGUGGACUUCGGUUAUCGAACGGACCUUCCAUGUGGAUAGCAACGAUGAGAGGGAGGAGUGGAUGCGAUCGAUCCAGGCGGUGGCAAAUAGCCUGAAGAGUCAGCAGCAGGAUGAGGAGCCCAUGGAGAUCAAAUUUGGCUCUCCAACUGACAGCAGCGGCACAGAGGAGAUGGAGAUUGCUAUGUCCAAGUCCAACACAAAAGUGACCAUGAGUGAUUUCGACUACCUGAAGCUGCUGGGCAAAGGGACGUUUGGUAAAGUGAUUCUGGUGAAGGAAAAGGCCACAGGGAUGUACUACGCCAUGAAAAUCCUCCGUAAAGAAGUCAUCAUUGCUAAAGAUGAAGUGGCACACACAGUUACUGAAAGCAGAGUACUCCAAAACACACGGCAUCCCUUUCUAACAACACUAAAAUAUGCAUUUCAAACACAUGACCGGCUAUGCUUUGUGAUGGAGUAUGCAAAUGGAGGAGAACUAUUCUUUCACUUAUCGCGGGACAGAGUGUUCACAGAAGACAGAGCACGAUUCUAUGGUGCAGAAAUAGUAUCAGCACUGGAGUACCUACACUCACGCAAUGUUGUUUACAGGGAUUUGAAACUGGAGAACCUCAUGUUAGACAAGGACGGCCACAUAAAGAUAACUGACUUUGGGUUGUGUAAAGAGGGGAUCACAGAUGGAGCCACCAUGAAAACCUUCUGUGGAACCCCAGAGUACCUGGCACCAGAGGUGCUUGAGGACAACGACUACGGACGAGCGGUGGACUGGUGGGGACUGGGCGUGGUCAUGUAUGAAAUGAUGUGUGGUCGGUUGCCCUUCUACAACCAGGACCACGAACGUCUCUUUGAGCUCAUCCUUAUGGAGGAAAUCCGCUUCCCCAAGAACCUAGCCCCUGAAGCCAAGGCCCUGCUGGCUGGCCUGCUUAAAAAGGAUCCUAAACAAAGGCUCGGAGGUGGACCAGACGAUGCCAAAGAUGUGAUGAGCCACAAGUUCUUCACCUCCAUCAACUGGCAAGAUGUCACUGAAAAAAAGCUUAUUCCACCAUUUAAGCCCCAGGUAACAUCAGAGACAGACACACGCUACUUUGAUGAUGAGUUCACAGCACAAACCAUCACGAUAACUCCUCCAGAUAAGUAUGACAGUUUAGAUCCAGAGGAUUCAGAUCAGCGUACGCACUUCCCUCAGUUCUCCUACUCUGCCAGCAUACGGGAAUGAUCACUCAGACUCUUGAACAAGCAGGCAGACUAACACACAAUCACAAUCUCACAUAACACGCUCGCACUGCUGGAGGGAAUCCGAACGACACAAACCAAAACUGGCACAAGACACAUUUUCAAUUUGGUCUUAAACGCACGUGCACGCACAGGCGCACAGAUAUCCACAUACACAUAUUGGCAAAUCAGACAAGAUGUGGAUCAUCGAGUAUGAAGUGAACACACAGGCUGUGAAUGACUGACCUCAGCAGGUUUGUGUGCAUAGACUGGCAGCUUUGUCUCUGUACGUCCUCUCAGGGCUGGCGUUAGGCUUCCCUGCAGGACCUCUGCUGCACUACACUGGGCAACACAUCAGAGCCUUGACACUUUGAAAACCAGGUUAUGCCAGCAAGUCCCACCUCUUUACCAGCUGUACCCUUGCUACACACACCAACAUCAACCAGCCCAUGCAUAGACUACAUACUUAGACACAAACACAAAUGUACUUGGUAGAAUUUUAACAAAAUUAGGAAAGAUUCAUCAAUUGUUACAGUUUUAAAUGUAAAGCCAUAUUUCUGCUUUUUUUUUUCUUUCAUUUUUUUAACAAGUGCUCUUUCUGGAACUUGCUGUUACAAAUCAAGUGUGGGACAGUUCCUACCGUUGGGGGAGGGGGGAAACAGGGGGAGGGCGAGGAGGAGGGUUGCCAUUUCUGUGUUUGCACUGCGUGUGUGUAUGGGUGUGUGCAUAUGAGUGCAGGAGAAUGUGUGAACAACCAUUAUCUUUAUUUGAUUCUCAACCAUCCAUUUGUCUGCUUUUAUGCAUGUUUUUAAAAAAACAACUCAAAACUGUUGCUGGUAUAUUGAGGAGAAGACACUACAUGGCACAAUCAAUGGCCUUUUUUUUUUUUUUUUUAAAGG